AUGACCAUCUUUGUUGCUACCCUCUUUCUGCCCUAUACUAUCAACUUCGACGUUCCGGCCUCUGGUUCCCGGCCAGAAUCUCCGGAGCUUCUGAGACCGCAGUUAACACUCGCCCAGAACACCCCGAAUGAAACUCAGACCGUUAGCUUGUUCACCCCGGGUGCGGGCAGCAGCUCCCAUCUCUCUCAGAGUCCUGGGCCUAUUCCUCCGACCCCGGGCGCAACCACCGACCAUGAGAAAAUCUUCCGGCCACAUACUGAGCGAAAAAUUAGCCUAACUCUCCCUGAGCUCAAACAAGAGGCCUCACUCCCCGUGCGCGCGAUAUCUCGACAUGAUCUUCACUCGCCCGGCUGGGGGAAGACCUUUACUUGGAAUCAGCCUCCCUCGCGAGCCAAGUCCCCUCCUCCCAGUUCAAUUCUAAAACAUGCGGUGGUCAUGGCCAAAGACGUUAAGGAAGUCAAAGAGAGAGCUGUUUCACUCGGCCACAAUACUGCGCACAGACUCGGUCGUCGGCAGAGAACGAGGACGGUUAGCCACGAACGGCACUUUUCACACGACAGCUACACAGUGGAGAAGGCCAUCAUCGGCAACGGGGGGCUAUACAACGCCAUUGACGCCGCUGGUGAUGCUGGAAUAUGUGAAGAAAAGACUUGGGUCGGGACCCUGGGUUGCCCAGUCGACGCCCUUGACGAUCACCUGAAAGAGAAUAUUGCAGAGAAACUGGAAAAUGACUACGAUUGUCUGACUGUCUAUGCCAGUGAUAGUGAUCUCAAUGGUCAUUACGAGCACUACUGUAAGACCAUUCUGUGGCCAGUGGUCCACUAUCAGAUCCCGGACCAUCCUAAGAGCAAGGCAUAUGAGGAUCACUCUUGGGUAUUCUAUGUCAAAGUCAACGAGGCAUUCGCCGACCGCAUCGUAAAGAAUUGGAAAAAGGGCGACGUCAUCUGGAUCCAUGACUACCAUCUGCUUCUCCUUCCCGGCUUACUGCGUCAAAAGCUCCCCGAAGCUCAAAUCGGCUUCUUCUUGCAUACGGCAUUCCCUUCAUCGGAAAUCUUUCGAUGCCUCGCCGUCCGCACGGACUUGCUCCAAGGCAUGUUGGGUGCCAACAUGAUUGGAUUCCAGAACGACGAAUAUGGCCAUCACUUCCUCCAAACCUGCAGUCGUCUUCUCAACGUCGAAGCGACCAAACACGGGGUCAUUCUCGAAGAUGGCAGAUUUGUCCAUGUCAACACGUGCCCUAUUGGGAUUGACCCCAAAGGGAUCGACCUGCAGCGACAAGCAAAAGAAGUCAAAGAAUGGGUGCAUACCAUCACCGACAAAUAUCGCGGCAAGCGGAUCAUCGUGGCAAGGGACAAGUUGGACAGUAUCCGUGGGGUCCGUCAAAAGAUCCUGGCCUACGAGCUGUUCCUCAACAAAUACCCGGAAUACAGAGAUCAAGUCGUGCUCAUCCAAAUUGCGACCUCUUCUGCCGAAGACCCGGAACUAAGUGCUACUGUGGCCGACAUUGUCACUCGGGUCAACUCAACCCACUCGACCUUGGCCCACCAGCCGCUGGUCUUCCUGAAGCAAGACAUUGACUUCUCUCAGUACAUGGCCUUGCUCACCGUUGCAGAAUGUUUGAUGAUUACUAGCUUGCGAGAAGGCAUGAAUUUGACGAGCCAUGAGUGGAUCCUCUGCCAGGACGGCAAAAUCUCCCAGAACAAGUACGGCCCCCUGAUUCUUAGUGAGUUCACUGGAUCCGCUACGGUCUUUGGGCAUAAUGCUCUUCUGGUCAACCCAUGGCAUUACAGCCAUUGUGCCGACGCUAUCAAACAAGCUCUCGACAUGUCACUUGAAGAGCGGGAGAAUCGGUGGAAAGCCCUGUACGAUAUUGUUGUACACCAGAAUGCCGUUGGUUGGUUCGAGCACUAUAUCAAGGGGUUGGAACAUGCCUGGAAAGAACACACUGUCCGCGAUUCCACCGCGGUUCCCCGACUGUCGUUGCCUUCCGUGAAGUCCAAGUACCAGAAAGCCAAAAAGCGGUUGAUCAUCCUCGACUACGAGGGAACAUUGGCUUCCUGGGGUUCACCCACUGAUAUUAUCUUGACCACGCCCAAGAGAUCGGUCGACGUGCUCAAUGAUCUUAUCGAAGACAAGAAAAAUAUCGUGUACGUCAUGAGCUCGAGAAUGCCAGAAGAGAUGGAACGCCUCUUCAGUCCAGUUAGUGGUAUUGGGAUGAUUGCCGAAAAUGGUGCCUUUGUGCUGGAGCCGAGCACAGAUGAGUGGCAGGAAUUGACCAAUCUCGAGCACGUUCGAGAUUGGAAGAAAGGGAUCAAGAGUAUUCUUCAAUACUAUGUCGAGAGAAUUGAAGGAAGCCGAGUUGAAGAGCGACAUGCCUCAUUGAUCUUCGAUUACUCAGAAGCAGAGGACCGGCAAGGGGCCUUCAAACAGGCUGGUGAGUGCGCCAAUCACAUCAAUGACGCUUGUCGCGGACAGAAUGUGAAUGCGAUACCGAUUGAAGAUGGACUCAACAUCUCGGAGAUGGAUGUUCACAAAGGAUCAGCCGCCCAGAUGAUUGGCGAGAAUCUUGAAAAAGCGUCUCGGGAGAAGGGUGUGCCGUUCCCAGACUUUCUCAUGGUGAUUGGCGAUUCGCGAGAGGAUGAGUAUGUCUUCAACUGGGCUCACCGGCUGGAGAAGGCUGGAAAGAUCCAAGACGUUGUCACGGUGACAUUGGGUGCCAGAAGCACCGAAGCAUCGGCUACAUUGACUCAAGGCGUCACUGGUGUGUUGUCAAUCCUCGAGAAACUUGCACGAACUCUGCAAAGAGUGUGA